UAGUGUCAUUCAGUCGAAACCAAUGUUAAGUUUGAAGCGGUAUUUUGAAAUCGAACAAUAAAAAGUUAUCUCAAUAAGGAUAUUAAAAGUCCUUAAACAUUUUUCAAGAAAUGUUCAUAAAAUGUUUAAUAUUAACCAUAUUGUGCGCAAUAUGGCAGCUUGAUACAGUAGUGGCAAAUGAAAGAAAAAAUGUUGUCUGCUAUCAUGGAACAUGGUCUACGUAUCGUCAAUCAAAGGGUAAAUUCGAUGUCGAAAAGGACAUAGAUCCCUUCUUGUGUACACAUUUAAUGUACGCCUUCUUUGGUAUUGAGGAAACCGGUGAUCUUAGGAUCAUAGAUCCAUAUUUGGAUAUGGAAGAUAAUUUUGGUCGUGGAAAUAUUAGAAAGUUCAAUGCAUUAAAAUUGAAAAAUCCCACCUUAAAGACAAUGGUGGCCGUGGGUGGCUGGAAUGAGGGAUCGAAGAAGUUUUCAAUUGUUGCAGCUGAUCCAGCUAAGAGAGCUAGAUUUGUGCAGUCAGUUGUGCAAUUUAUACAAAGACAUGGUUUUGAUGGUUUGGAUUUGGAUUGGGAAUAUCCCAAUCAGCGACACAAGUUGACGAACAAUGAUCGUGAUAACUAUUUGAUUUGGUUGAGAGAAUUGAAGGAAGGUUUGGAACCAUUUGGCUAUAUUUUAAGUGCUGCUGUGGGCUCAGCUGAAUUUUCAGCCGAACUUUCUUAUAAUAUUCCUGAAAUGAUUAAAUACUUGGACUUAAUCAAUGUUAUGGCCUACGAUCUACAUGGUCACUGGGAUCCAGUGGUGGGCAUUAAUGCUCCUCUCUAUGCAGGACCAUUAGAUACGUCCGAGCGCUCUAAACAACUUAAUUUCGAUGCUAUUGCCAAAUAUUGGAUUAAUCAGGGAGCACCUCGUGAAAAAAUCAUUAUGGGUGUACCAUUUUAUGGACGUUCCUUUACUCUGGCGGACCCUAAUAAUCAUGGCAUUGGAGCUCCACAUAUUGGUCGUGGCUUGGCUGGUCAAUAUUCUGUGGAACCCGGCAUUAUUGGUUACAAUGAAUUGUGCGAAACAUUCCAAAAUCAACAGUCUCUCUGGAACCAAGAAUGGGAGUCAAAUCAAAUGGUGCCAUUUGCCUACUAUGGACGCCAAUGGGUGGGCUAUGAAAACGAAAAAAGUAUUGCUUUGAAAGUUGACUAUGUAAAGAAGGAGAAUUUGGGCGGUAUUAUGAUAUGGUCUAUAGAAUCGGAUGAUUUCAAGGGCGUUUGUGGCCCAAAACGUUAUCCCCUAUUGUCUCUAAUUAAUGAAAUGUUAUUUGGAGCACUACAUUCAGAUUUGUUUAGUAGAAAUCCCGACAUUUUGCGCCCACAAUUACCAACCAAACAAGAAGCCAACACAAUUAUUGCGAGCCAAACCUUAAGUACAAUUAACCCAUGUCUAGGCAAAAACGGUUAUGUACGUGAUUCGAACAAUUGCGGUAAAUUCCAUUUUUGUGAUAACGGUGAAACAUUUACAUUCGAUUGCCCAUCAGCAUUGUAUUUCGAUUUGAAAACUUUAAAUUGUAAUUAUUCAUAUUUAGUCGAUUGUAAAUCGAAUAAUUAAAUUGUAAAAACUUCAGAGGAAUCUGCAGAAAAAAUCUUUUUCUGUACAUUAAAAAUAAAUUUUGAAACUGA